AUGGGCUACAAGCUUGCAGCAAAAUCAUUUUCUUUCCCACAGACAACUUUAGAAAGAAAAGUGAAGCUUGCGCGAGAAAGUUUAGAUAAGAAUGAUCCAAUGACUGUUAAAUUUAAGGUACCGUUAGGCCCAAAAGAGCAAGUUUUUACUGAUAAUGAAGAGGAAGAGCUAUGUAAAUACAUAAUAGAUAUGGAGAGCAGGCUUUAUGGACUGACAAUGAAAGACUUAAGAGGUUUAGUCUAUAGACUAGCGGUAAAAAAUAACAAACGUCAUCCGUUUAACAAUGAAAAAGAAGAAGCCGGGAAAGACUGGGCAUUAGGAUUUUUAAAAAGGCACCCAGAACUGUCUAUUAGACAGCCUGAAAGUACCUCAUCCGCACGUGCUGCUGGUUUCAAUAAACAGGUGGUAGACCAGUUUUUCAAUUUUUUGGGCAAUGUUUACGAUGAACAUCAUCUAACACCUGAUCGUAUAUACAACUGCGAUGAAACUGGUAUUUCAGUUGUGCCCAAAACUAAAUCAAAAAUUAUCGCAAGAAAGGGCAGAAAGCAAGUGAGAGCCAUAACAUCUGCUGAACGAGGUACGACCAUUACAGUAGAAAUCUGUUUUAGUGCUAGUGGUAAUUUUAUGCCACCCAUGAUGGUAUAUCCUAGAAAAAGAAUGGAUCCGCAACUUAUGAUUAAUGCUGCCCCCGGAGCUUGGGGAGUUUGCAGUGAUUCGGGCUGGAUGACUUCAGAACUUUUCCUAGAUUGGUUUAAAAAGUUCGUCGAAUUUAGCGGAGCAACACUUGAGCGUCCUGUUUUGUUAUUAUUGGAUAGACAUAGUACUGAUACGAAGAACAUUGAUCUCAUAAAUGAAGCACGCACUCACGGCGUUAUCAUUUUAUGUUUCCCACCACAUACAACUCACCGUCUUCAGGUUGCAGACGUUGCUUACAUGAGACCGUUAAGUACCUACUACGAUCAUCAAAUCAUGGCGUGGCUUCGCAGCAACCCAGGGAUGACUGUCACUGUCCGACAAGUAGUUGAAAUUUUUUGGAAAGGCGUUCAUACAAGCGUCUACGAUGUCAACAGCUGUCAAUGGUUUUAA